GCUUGGUACGUGAAGCUUAAGAUCGUUGUCGCUUGAGCCACUGCUCAGCACAGCACCCACCAUGUCUCAUGGCCCCUCCAUCGCUCCUUCUGAUUGGCGCAGAGCCGUAAGCGCCAAGAGAGCGUCAAUCGCGAAUGCAAUACCUCCGGCAUGGCGGCUCAGCGACGACGAAAUUCCAUCUACUGAAAUUCUCAAGGACCUAACAGCUUUCAUCACGCGUUUCCUCUCACCACUGGAGCAGCAGAUCACCACCGCGCCGGUCUCUGUUCUCACAAGCAACAUCUGUUCUUUCCAGUGGUCAGCGGUGGAGAUCACAAGAGCUUUCUGUCAUCGAGCUGCUCUGGCUCACCAACUUACGCCAUGCCUUUCCGAAAUUUGUUUCGCAAAGGCGGAACAGCGAGCUGAAGAGCUUGAUACAAUUCUGCGAACGUCCGGUCAAGUCGUCGGUCCACUACACGGUAUCCCAGUCUCUCUUAAGGAUCGCUUCCACAUGGAAGGCCUUGAUAGCGCGUGUGGAUAUGUUAGCUGGCUUGAACAACCCAAAUCUGCAGUGGAUGAGGGAGUAUUAGUCCGGCGUCUUAAAGAAGCUGGGGCUGUGAUCUUUGCGAAAACUAACGUACCAAUGUCUAUGCUUAUUGGCGAGACAACUAACAACAUAGUCGGCUCAACAAUGAACCCCUUUAACAGGGAUCUUUCCGCUGGAGGAGCAUGUGGUGGAGAAGCUGCCUUGCUCGCCCUACGAGGAUCACCAAUAGGGUGGGGCACAGACAUCGCUGGAUCGAUACGCAUUCCGUGUGGCUUCAAUAGCUUGUAUGGCAUUCGCCCUUCUUUCGGGCGGAUAUCUGCGACAGGAUUAGCUGACAACUUGUCUGGGCUGCCCACAGCAGCUAGCGUUGUAGGACCACUCUCCUCUGAUCUACCAUCGUUGAUUCAAUCAAUGAAGUGGAUCAUCAAUUGCAACGCGUGGCAAGAAGAUAUCGAGACAAUCGACAUGCCUUGGAGGGAUGAUAAUUUCGCAGGUACCUCCAACCGAAUUUGUCAGCCUGGCCAGAGCAAUGGAAGUCUGGUUUUUGCAAUUCUGAACAACGACGGCGAGGUUAACCCUCAUCCUCCUGUGCAACGAGCUUUGGGCUUGGUGAGGAAUGCAUUACUUCAGCGUGGCUACGAGGUGGUUGACUGGAGUCCCGGCUUGAAACAUGACCUUGCGACAGACGUGCUCUUUCAAAUACUCGGAUCGACGGCUGGGAAAAAUGUUCGAGCAGCGAUUGAAGCCAGUGGGGAACCGCCCAUACAUCAACUAGCAGACCUGUUCAAGGGGACCGAAAGUAAACCUUUGCCAACCUCACAGUUCUGGGAUCUCUGUGCAUGGAGAAAGCAGUUUCAGAGGCAGUAUCAUGAUUACUGGAGAUCUACGAGGGAAUUGACUGCGAGCAAAAGAGCUGUGGACGGAGUAAUCAUGCCAAUCGCUCCUCACACUGCUGCACCUGAGGGCUCAUUCAAGUACUAUGCAUACUCUGCAGUUCCUAGCGUACUGGAUUAUACGACCGGGGUAGUGCCCGUGACCUUUGCUGAUCAGUAUCUUGACUACGGACCGUUUCGAUACAUACCUAUGAGUGACAAGGAUCGAGUCAAUUGGAAUCUCUAUGAUAAGGAACUCUUUGACGGCGCUCCAGUUGGUGUCCAGGUGAUGGGUCAGCGACUCCAGGAGGAAAAGGUUCUUGCCAUGAUGAGUGCGGUUAACGACUCACUGCAACAGUAUCAACCUCUCUGAACAUCUCGGAUGAAACAAUGACAUCAUGUAAUUACGGUCUUGUCUUCUUACAUCGAUCUGGCAGCUACCGACAUGCAGGCGCUAAAGUGCGAAAUUAGGUAGCGUCAAUGAGACUAAAAUACAAGACGCACUAUGCGUUCUCCGAUCAAUCCGUCUCGAGCUCAGAUUCUACCAGGCCCGUGCGGUUCGGGUUCUUACAAGCGAGAUUCGGUGCCUCAUGCACGGCACGGGUGGUGCGGUUGCGCUAGUCCCAAAGAGGAGAUCACGUAUCUCUGAAGUCAUAAAGGUCCAGUCUGCACCACACGGAUGUUCUGGAGUCUCGAUCCCAAUCAACACAGCCACAGAACAUGGCACCAUCAGUCAUAAACGAAGAGGCUGAAGACAGCGCACUCGAGGACUACGAUCAAUUCGAGGAA